UGGAGCUCGUGGGUGACUCGCUGGAGUCUUCCCUCUGCUCCAUAUCUUCACCGCCCUCUCCACCUCGGCCUUCCAUGCUUGCUGCUGUUCUAGUUCUGCCGUCGCGUCAGUUCAGGAAGUUGUUCGUUGCUCUUCUCUCUCUCGUUCUCUCACGUUCGUCCUUAGCGGAUCAGGAAGCACAGGUGAGGCUCGAAACUAAUAUUCUAGAGUCUGAAGUUUGUUCUGUUGGGAACUUUAAGGAAAGGUCAUUUUCCUGUAUCCUAUGAUGUGUUGACCUUACUAAUGAGGUUGGAAAAAACAGAAGUGAGAUGAGCGCAAAGUGCUCUUAACAAGUUGCUUGAGCAACUAGCCGCUCAAACAUCCGUGGCUGGAGACCUCUCUUCCAUUCAAUUGGGAAAUAUUAACAGAAUUGCGUCUUUGGUUAGCAAGAAAAAGGAAACCAGUAGGAAUGAGAAUGGAGGAAGGCGUAAGGAGAUGGGUGGUGGACAUCUCAAAGUGGGACCCACAACCCCCUGACUUAUCCUUUCCCCUCUCUUUCCUUCCUUCCCACGAGCACUCCUCUGUUACCAGGUUUGUGAAAAUGGAAGAUAGGAAACGAGCACUUGUCAGCAGAAUGCUUCAGUAUGCUCUUGUAUCUGAUGUUCUGCGAAUCCCACUUAGUGAAAUUUCCAUAAAGCGAACACCCGAGGGCAAGCCAUAUGUGGAUUAUGAUAAACUUGGCCUCGGAUUACCUAAUUUUAAUUUCAAUGUAUCUCAUCAUGGUGACUAUGUGGCCAUAGCAUCCGAAUCUGUAUACCUUGUGGGGUUAGACAUUGUCUCCUAUGAUAUACCACAGGGAGAAACAAUUACAGAAUUCAUACAUUUCUUCGCAUCAUACUUUUCCAGUUUGGAAUGGGACAAUAUAGUUAAUGCUGGCACAUCUUAUGAUGUAUUAAUUGAAUUUUACAGGUAUUGGAGCCUAAAAGAAGCAUACGUUAAAGCCAUAGGGAGUGGACUGACUGAAGAGUUGCAUAAAGUGGAGUUUACUCACACAUGCUGGACUAAUAUUACUGCUAAAGUGGAAGGAAUGCCUAUGACAGAGUGGAGAUUUUGGCUGUUCGAGCUUGGAGAAAGGCAUUGCGUAUCAGUUGCAAAAGGUCACCCAAGAUCAGCUGCUAUGAACUAUAAAGCAACUUUGAAUAAAAUGGACUUUAUAGAAGACGAAUAUCAUCAAUUUCUUAAUCUUCCAAAUGUAGACUUUGUUGAACUAAGUAUAGAACAACUGCUGUUGGCUCUACAAAAAGCAAGGGUAGGUAAGCAUAGAAGUUAGGUGUUAAUGUAGGUUGGAAGAAAGGUUUGUAUAUCUCUUGAGCAAACAAUUUUUUCCAAUGACUAUGCAAUUACACUACUACAACAACAACAACAUCAACAACAAUAACAACUAUCCCACUACAUAAGCCAGACGAUGUCAUUGAACUAUAUCAUGUAUGAUGAACUCUAUCCUGCAUCAAGUCUAUAAUUUUCAUGUAAAUUUCCUUUUGCUACUUCAUGUAUGGUCUUUUUAGGUCUUUUUA